UUUACCUAUAGAAAGGUUCUAAUCGUGGACUAAAAAAUACGUAACGUGAUACUUCGUGUGUAUAUGACACUAUGAGAUGUAUAACCUUUUGUCUGCAUCUGUGCUGAUCAAUAUAUGUCCACUUUAAAUCCUUGAUUCACCAACUAAGAGAUCAACAAUGUGUCAAGUGCUGCUCCGAAGCUCAGCAGUUUUUCCGGAAAUAACUCAACUUUCUUGUUCUUCUCCUUCUUGAAAGUUCAACAGAUGAUCCGGUUAUAAUGGCAUUCGGUAAGAACAACUUGUCCUGUUCCUGUUUCGGCGGUUAUUGUGUUUAACAGAUGGCUUUGUAAAGAUCCCUGUGCUCAUGAGAUGGAGGAGGCGUACACAGAGCUGUACAGGGAGUUCCUCCAACUGCGCUUGCUGUGUCUGAAGCAGGCUGCUUUACUCAAGAAACUCACAGAGAAACUGAGGUCACAGCAAGGAGGAGCCCCUGUUCCUGAUGGAGACCCCAGCGUAAUGGCAUCAAUCCCAAUCCAGUGCACCCAGAAGAGCUCCGGUGCUCUCCCUGCAUGGCCAGAAACCCUAAUGGUCCCAACACACAACCCUGCUGCACACUAUGGCAUUAUAAGGCCAUCUGGGGCCAUGGGGUCACUCACUAAUCUACUGGCUGGGGAUUUGGGCAGACUACGGCUAGACUUCGCUCAUCCAGGGACAGAAAGGAAAGAGGUCAUCAAAGCCACCCUCCUAGGACCUCUGGACCUACCUGGGGGUAAUGGAGAGAUGGCACCCUCCAGUGUCUCUGGGGACCCGAAGCAAGCAUGUCGAUUUUGGGGUGAUGAUAUGACCCGACAAAUGUUCAGGAUGCCCUCGGCAUGUGGCUCCUUCCUGGACAGUGAUUUUCUGAGCCAGACCGAGGGGAUGAUGCUGAUGUCAGAGGUGGCGCUGCAGUCUCAUGUGUGUGACUUCUGUAAUGCUGUAUUCCCUGGCCACACCACCACCAGGGGAGACUUCAUGUGCCACCUCCACACACACAUCACCUAGAACAUUAUUUCCCAACCAGGGGUACUUGGCUUAUCCACAGGGGGUACCUGAGAAGACCGAUGAGACCAUAGGCUUACUGAUAAAGUGCACAUGAGGGGAUAAUUCAGGGGUACUCCAGGCAGAGCAAAAAACUGUUUGUGUUACAGUAACCGAAAAUGGUUGGGAACCACUGACGUAGAACUCUGCUUCCCUGCACCACCUCCAUCACACACAUAUCACCUAGAACACUAGUUCCCUGCACCAACUCCACACACAUCAUCUAGAACACUGGUUCCCCCAUAACAUCUCCACACACACAUAAUCUAGAACUCUAUUCCCCAUAACAUUGUUUCUGCAUCAGCUAGAGUAGCUGUUUCCCCAUAAUGUUGUUUCUGCAUCACUUAGAGUAGUGGUUUUCCCAUAAUAUUGUUUCUGCAUCACCUAGAGUAGUGGUUUCCCCAUAAUAUUGUUUCUGCAUCACCUAGAGUAGUGGUUUCACCAUAAUAUUGUUUCUGCAUCACCUAGAGUAGGGGUUUCACCAUAAUAUUGUUUCUGCAUCACCUAGAGUAGCUGUUUCCCCAUAAUGUUGUUUCUGCAUCACUUAGAGUAGUGGUUUUCCCAUAAUAUUGUUUCUGCAUCACCUAGAGUAGUGGUUUCCCCAUAAUAUUGUUUCUGCAUCACCUAGCGUAGUGGUUUACCCAUAAUAUUGUUUCUGCAUCACCUAGCGUAGUGGUUUACCCAUAAUAUUGUUUCUGCAUCACCUAGCGUAGUGGUUUCCCCAUAAUAUUGUUUCUGCAUCACCUAGAGUAGUGGUUUCCCCAUAAUAUUGUUUCUGCAUCACCUAGAGUAGUGGUUUCCCCAUAAUAUUGCUUCUGCAUCACCUAGAGUAGUGGUUUCCCCAUAAUGUUGCUUCUGCAUCACCUAGAGUAGUGGUUUCCCCAUAAUGUUGUUUCUGCAUCACCUAGAGUAGUGGUUUCCCCAUAAUAUUGUUUCUGCAUCACCUAGAGUAGUGGUUUCCCCAUAAUAUUGUUUCUGCAUCACCUAGAGUAGUGGUUUCACCAUAAUAUUAUUUCUGCAUCACCUAGAGUAGUGGUUUCCCCAUAAUGUUGCUUCUGCAUCACCUAGAGUAGUGGUUUCCCCAUAAUAUUGUUUCUGCAUCACCUAGAGUAGUGGUUUCCCCAUAAUGUUGCUUCUGCAUCACCUAGAGUAGUGGUUUCACCAUAAUAUUAUUUCUGCAUCACCUAGAGUAGUGGUUUCCCCAUAAUGUUGCUUCUGCAUCACCUAGAGUAGUGGUUUCACCAUACUGUUGCUUCUGCAUCACCUAGAGUAGUGGUUUCCCCAUAAUAUUGUUUCUGCAUCACCUAGAGUAGUGGUUUCCCCAUAAUAUUGUUUCUGCAUCACCUAGAGUAGUGGUUUCCCCAUAAUGUUGCCUCUGCAUCACCUAGAGUAGUGGUUUCCCCAUAAUGUUGCUUCUGCAUCACCUAGAGUAGUGGUUUCCCCAUAAUAUUGUUUCUGCAUCACCUAGAGUAGUGGUUUCCCCAUAAUAUUGUUUCUACAUCACCUAGAGUAGUGGUUUCCCCAUAAUGUUGCUUCUGCAUCACCUAGAGUAGUGGUUUCCCCAUAAUGUUGCUUCUGCAUCACCUAGAGUAGUGGUUUCCCCAUAAUGUUGUUUCUACAUUGUGGACCUACCUGCCACCUCCACACACAUCACCUAGACCAUUUAUGAGAUUUGUUUGUUUUCCCCAAUAAAUGUGUUAUUGAUUUCAAUGAAAAAGGUUCUUACAACGUAUAUGUAUUGAUUAAACAGUCUGUUUUCUAUGAAACUGAGAAGUGUACAUAUACCGCUUAUGAAGUACCACUGUUUUCUUAUAGCACUAGAGGGCAGUAACAACAUAUGGUAGGCUACAUCAUGGGAUUUGUCUCAGUUAUCUCGUUAUUACUGGUACUGUUUUAUUACUAGUAAUAAUAAAAGGACAUACAGUCAUUUAUAAACAGCUACACAAUCCAUUAUAAUGUUACACAUAAUAUAUGUAUAAACAUAGAAAUAUACUUGUAUAUUUAUCCUAUCGUUGCUUUCGAAGGAAAACCUCGUAACUUCUUAACCAUUCAUUUUUUUCGUUGUGCAUUGACAUUUUUACAUGCAUCAACUCUAGGGCCAAGAAAAUGUAUUCAAAAUAGCUUCUGAAGUUUCUUAAUUGUAUGUUUGUUAAUGGUAAAGUAUGGCUGUUUUCUAUAUUGGAGAUAAGAGGUUUCAUCCAACACAGACAGGUAGGUAAAAUUUCUGUCAUGAUUCUCUGUUGAAUGUAGAGCUGAAUUGAUUAAUACAUUAGGCCAAUUAUCUUCAAAUAAUACUUUUGAUAUUGUCUCUUUGUGUAUUUAUGUAGUUUUUGUAAUCGUUAUGUAAAUUCUAGUUUGAAAAGAUGAUGUAUUUCUUUUUUGGAACAUGAAGCUUAUUAUGUUGUCACAGUGAUCAGUCAAUUGUGUUUGGGAUGUGUCAAAUGGCACUAUAUUCCCUAUAUUCCCCUGGUCAAAAGAAGCAUACUAUAUAGGGAAUAGGGUGCUAUUCAGAAUACAACCUGGGUCUUUCAGUCAGAGCAGCGAUGCAAAAGUACACAGCAGAAUUCCUCAACGAGCCACCAGGUUGGCAGCUAUA